AGACCUUUAAUUGAAUAAUUUUGUAUAUCAGUUUUGUUUGUUUAAUUUUUUUCUUGCUUUUGGUGCACUUAUUUUAAAAACACACUUCUUACUGUACGCAUAAUGCUUAAAAAGUAACCUCUCAUACAUAACAUAAACCAAAAACAUCUAUUAUGUAUAUAACAAUGUUAAUGUUUGUAAUUAUAGUUUGUUGUUACGGGUUUGCUGCCUAUGUGCAUGUCAAGGAAGAGGAUAGGAAGCUGGAGAAGACUAAGAACUGGUUUUAUGGUGUGUAGCAUAAUAGGGGCAUCAGUUUUUGUUCCAACUAUGUUCAGUCUUGGAGUAGUAGGUUCAGUUAUUAGAAGAAAUCAUGGUUCUAAAGCUGUGACCUUGUCAGCAUUUAUGGCUGUAUUGUCCUUUGCAGAAGUAGUUGUCGCAAUCAUUGCUGCUGCAUUAUGUUGUUGCUGCACCUCAUGGGGGACAUCAAAUCAGCAGGGAGUUGUUUUUAUGAACGCCACACAACCUGGAGUGAUCCUACCACACACUCAAAUCCCCAUGACAACCGGUCACCAGGUCAUGAUAGCUACUGGACAAACAAAUAACCCAGUAGUGCAGUAUUAUCCCAGGGCGCAACAGUAUCAAGUCUUGACUACAACUCAACCGACAGUAGCACAGAUUCAAUCUUUUGGUGGUACGCAACAAGAACCAAAUAAUACACAAGUGUAUGAUACCAAUCCGCCAGUCUAUAAAGAAUAAAUGAGAUAUAAUCAUCCUUUACAUAUGGUUGCGUUUGUUUUAUAAAAAUCAAAGACCAUUCUUGUGUGAUAAAAUAACGGAUACUUGUAGUGCAAUUAUAGACACACGAGAAUGAACAUAUAAAUACGUAAUAACAGCUGAACACAAGUUAAAGUUGUAAUAUGUAAUUCAUGUUACACGAAACUGAAUGUAAUGAAAGGUUUUACUUUGUAAUUUGUUUAAAAAAAAACCUUACCAAACAUGAUAAUCUUCCCACACAACUGUUUUAGUUGUUCCAUUUUCAAGAUCUGAAUGAAUCUCUAUAAAGAUCUAUUUUCAUAUAAAGGUGGUAUCAAACACCUUGACUAAAAUUAAUUCGGCUCGUUUAAUUGACGUAAUACUUCCUUUGACCCUUUGAGAAAAAUAUGAACAUUUAAAAAAAACUUGAUCUAAACACUUAAUAUUUCAUUUUAUAUAUAGCAGUUUGACAUACACUAGUUUUGGUAAUUUAGAAGCUCUAUAUUUCCUUAACAUAAGGACAUGAAUAAAACGUUCAACUAAUUUGUACAGAAUUAUCUCCCUGUAGUGUUAUGUACCACUUUAAUCUGAUUAUCAUAUGUUGUAAAUACUCAUUGCUUGUUAAUAUCAUUUAUAUGUUA